CUUCACACACACCACUGUGCCACUCUCUGCUUCUUCUUCCUCAAUUAGGGUUUUCUCUUUUUCGUGAUCGACGACAUGAACAUCUUCAAGAAGAAAACCUCUCCCAAAGAAGCUCUGCGGACAAGUAAGAGAGAAAUGUCUGUUGCAACAAGAGGAAUUGAAAGGGAGAUAGCAUCACUUCAGAUGGAGGAAAAAAAAUUGGUGGCAGAGAUUAAAAGAACUGCUAAAACUGGGAAUGAGGCUGCCACUAGAAUCUUGGCUCGUCAACUUGUUAGGUUACGUCAACAGAUAACCAAUUUGCAGGGAAGUCGUGCUCAGAUCAGGGGUGUAGCAACUCACACACAGGCAUUAUAUGCAAGCACUUCAAUCUCUACGGGAAUGAAGGGUGCAACUAAAGCAAUGGUGGCAAUGAAUAAGCAAAUGGCACCAGCAAAACAGGCUAAAGUGAUUAAAGAAUUCCAGAAGCAAUCAGCACAAUUGGACAUGACGAUUGAGAUGAUGUCAGAAUCUAUUGAUGAAACUUUAGACAAAGAUGAAGCCGAGGAAGAAACAGAAGAGCUGACUAACCAGGUUCUUGAUGAAAUUGGAGUGGAUAUUGCAUCCCAGUUAUCUUCUGCUCCGAAAGGUCGAAUUGCUUCAAGGAAUACUGAAAAUGUUGCUCCAAGGUUUAGAAUUUAUUGUGUAUGCAGAUCACAAGAAUCCCAAGAUGUUGAAGAUCUUGAAAAGAGAUUGGCUUCGCUCAGGAGAAUAUAAUAAAUAUAUGUUGCAGCUGCUCAUCUAUAUGCUUCUUAAUGUACAAAUCGAUAUAGACCAUAGUAAUGGGUAGAUUGAAUUAU